CUGGCGGCGGCAGGUCAGCAGUGCCUUGUUGUGUUCGCUGGCGUUGCGCAGUGGUGGUUUUUGUGAGAUAAUCUCUCUUGAGUACUGGAGUGCAGGAAGGACUGUUUCCGGCGACACUGCUGGUCAAUGCAGCUUCCGGUGGCAUUAUCGUAAUAUGAUUGGUCGGGUGUCGGCCAUGCUCCACCAUGUGGCGGCGGCUUCACUUCUCCUCCUGGCAACCCCAGGCCUCGGAAACCUCAGUCCUCAGCCCCUCCCGAGCCCAGUGAACCCUCCUUCCCAUCCCUCUCCCGCUGCCCUCUCCCCCUCUGCCCUCCCCACAGAUCCUCAUGACAUAAUCCCCUCCCUGUCGCAUGACCAGCUGCCCGCCCCCUUGCAUGACACCGACAGCCCAGCGGAACUCUUCGUCCCUAGUCAUGGUCCUUCUCAAGCCGAGGACCUUAUCUCGCCCCCCCGCACCGAAGACCCGAUCCUCGAGGAGACGGACUCGCCCCCCACCUCUGCCCCUGAGACGCCCCUGCCGCCCUUCGUCCCGUCCCCCGUCGACCCCUACCAGCCCAGCUCUGCGGCUGCCCUCCCCCACCACGGCGUCGGGGAGAGCGACAGCGCGACCGGCCCUCCAACCAACGCCCUCUCGUCCUUGCUCCACCUCGCCAACAGCACCGGCGGGUUGUCCAUCACGGAACUUCCCGAGCACAACGCCACUCUCUCCCACGAGGAGUUCAAUAGCAUCCUGACGCGGUUCAGCCUGGACGCCCUUCAAGCUACACAGAUCGCCGAGCGUCUUGGCAUCAGCGGCUCGGGCGUCGCGGCGCUGGAGCAGCACCUCAUGCUCGGAGGGAAUCUGGAGGGCCCUGGAGGACCCGUCGACAGACCCCACGCCCUCCCGCUGGACCGCAACCCCCGGACGACGCCCCAGCGGAGAAGCGGCAACCAGGACUUGUCGCGCGCCACCAAGAGGCUGUUCUUAGGCGACCAGUCCCUCUGCUACAGCGGUAGUUGUGAGUUCUUCCUCUUCUGCUGGCUCAGCGGGGGCCUGAUCGACGGCGGCUGCGGCGGCUUCCUCUUCGCCUGCUGCACGAGACCCAACAACCGGGGGCAGCGCGGCCACGAGUCGUACCGCGACGACAAGUCGGGCUUCGUCCCCGUCGACUACGGCCCCAUCAGGAACGACAGAGAUUGCGGACUGAGUGCCAGCAGCCGUUUGUCCGCGCAAAGGAGGAUCGUUGGAGGCACGGAAGCUGGGUUCGGCUCCUUCCCUUGGACGGCUUACAUCAGAAUUGGAUCCAGUCGGUGUGGUGGCUCCCUCAUCAACCAGUACCACGUGGUCACUGCUGGGCAUUGUGUAGCGAGGGCUCGAGCACAUCAGAUCCGGGUGACUCUCGGGGACUACAUCCUCAACUCCAACAAGGAACACUUCAACCCACGCAUCUACGGGGCUUCUGAAAUCAAGGUUCAUCCAAACUUCAAGUUCACGCCCCAGGCCGACAGAUUCGACGUGGCCGUGAUCACCCUCGACGCCCCUGUGGCCUACGAACCGCACAUCCAGCCCAUCUGCCUGCCGGAGAAGGGGACGGACUGGCUGGGGAGUAUCGCCUGGGCCGCCGGCUGGGGAGCGCUGCAGGCUGGUUCGAAGCUCCGGCCCAAGACACUGCAGGUGGUGGACGUGCCCAUCCUGGACUCCCGCCUGUGCGAGGACUGGCAUCGGCAGCGGGGCAUCAACGUCAUUAUUCACGACGAAAUGAUGUGUGCUGGCUACAACCAGGGCGGGAAGGACUCCUGCCAGGGGGACUCCGGAGGUCCUCUGAUGAUACAGGACGGCGGGCGCUGGUACCUCGCUGGCAUCGUGUCUGCCGGCUACUCGUGCGCUCAGUCCAAGCAGCCAGGAAUUUACCACAAAGUAUCCUACACGUCUGACUGGAUAUCCUACGCUGCGAGAAGCUGAGAGGCAACGAUCUCUCAGAAUACCUAAGGAGGUCUUAUCCCUGGUCUCCUUGGGACCUAUUCUAACCUGGGGGCAGUUAGGGGUCUUGUGUAUAAAGCCCCAGUGUAUGUGAACUUCUUGCGUGGCGAUACUACUCAAAAAAAGAGAGAGAGAAAAAUAGCGAGGUUUUUGAGUUCAGAUUCUCAGGCGUACGAUCAAACUUCAACUGUUUUGGAUGGUGGUUCAUGUUAUGUAUAGUUUUUGGAACUGAAAUAUAAAAGGAAGAAGAAAAAAAUCAGUGAUUGAAGAUUAUGAUAAUGAAGAAAUGUCAGAGAUUAGUUUUUUUUUGGGUAGUGACGUCACAGAUUUGAAAACCUUUCAGUCAGGGAGCGUCUUUGUGAUGACGUCAUCAAGAUGGAGCCCACUUUCCCUGUGAUACCACCUCAUUAUUUAAUGUAAAAAACUGGUGUUAUUCAAAUUAGCGUAGUGUGAAAAAAAACGAUGACAUAAUUAGGUAUCGAAUCCCAUUUCCAGGAAAAUGUCCAUCCGGUUUCAUAAUUUUGAGGGGUCGUGGAUUUA